CCGCCUUCAGUUGUCACGACUCAAAACGUUUCUUUUCUCCCAAGCAUCCUCUACUGUUGAGUCCUUAGGCCAGAGCCGCGCGAGUAUACAUCUAUCUGCAGCAUCUCUUACCUCCAUCUUCGCAAUGGCUUCUGAUAAGAUGGACCGCGGCCUCGACGAAAUCAUUGCAGACAAGCGCAGCAAUGGAUCUCGAACCCGACGCGGUGGCGACCGCCGUCGUGACCGUCAAGACUAUCCCCGUGACGGGGUGAAAAAGUCUCUCCGUAACGAGCCUCGAAACUUGGAUAGCGAAUGGGUACAUGAUCGAUACGAAGAGAACACGUAUCGAAACAGAGGCCCUGCACCGCGUCGCAGGCGCGAGUCUCCCAGCGGGGGAGAUGCCCGCGGCGCACGACUCCGAGUCGAAAAUAUCCACUACGAUCUCACCGAGGAGGAUCUCGAUGAACUUUUCCGAAGAAUUGGCCCCAUCACAAAGCUGCAACUGCGUUAUGAUCGGUCUGGACGGUCCGAAGGCGUAGCUUUCGUAACGUAUGAAAGCAAAGACGAUGCCGCAGAGGCUGUGAGACAAUUCGAUGGUGCCAAUGCGAACGGCCAGCCAAUUCGUUUGAGCAUCAUGUCAAGUGGGCCUUCUCGAAACCCGUUUGAUACUGCUGUGAUGCCAGGCAAGCCUUUGUCCGAACGCAUUUCUGCUCCUGGUGGCAGAUCUCGAUCACUCUCCCCUCGCCGAUACGAUGAAGAAGAUGCCGCUCGCAGGGGCAUUGAUCGAUAUGUUCCAGGCGGAGGUCGCUCCCGAAGCCCCAUGCCGCCUCGCCGUGGAGGUGGAGGUGGAGGUGGAGGGCGCCGCCCUGGUGCCCGACGAGAGGGUGGUGGAAGGGAUCAGGAUGCUGCUCGUGGCGGCCGGGGAGGCCGAGGAAACGGAGGAAACGGAGGAAGUGACCGUGCUGCACGAACAAACACACCGCGACUCAAGAAGACCCAGGAGGAACUGGACGCCGAGAUGGAGGACUACUUCAACGCCAACGGCGGUGCCCCGGAGCCUGCUGCGGAAGCUGCUGCUGCACCCAGCGGAGAGGCUGCUGCACCCGCUAACGCUGAUGACAUUGACAUGAUUGAGUAACCUGGAUCAUUCUGUUUUGGUAAAGGGGAAUAUGUUUUAUGAGGGUAUUGGAGUAUUGGACUCGUUUUACAGAAAAUGCCAUCUGAAGCAUGGGAGGACGGUGCAUAUAUAUAAUUAAGCAGGGUGUGUUGUCAUUACGAAUGUUUUGCUUUUCGGGUCAAGUUAUGACAUGUUGCUUCACCAUUGACUGUGACUUCCCAAGUUCGUAGACCCAGGCCGCAUUUAAGCGUAUCAAAGAGAUGGGCGUAUUUCUGAGAGAUAUGGGUUAGCGAUGCCUCGCACUCGACAAUG